GAAUCUCUUGCAAUAGAAUUUCAAGCAGCAAAAUUAUGGAAACCCAAAUUGAAGAGUAUUCUGCCAAACUUCUUCAAGCUCAAACCCACAUAUGGAAUCACAGUUUGAGCUUCAUAAAUUCCAUGUCCCUUAAAUGUGCAAUCGAUUUGGGCAUACUAGAUACCAUACAUAAGUAUGCCCAACCCAUGCCACUCUCACAACUUGUUAAUUCAUUACAAAUUCACCCAUCCAAAACAAAUUGCAUCUACCGCUUGAUGCGAAUUUUGACCCAUUAUGGCUUCUUGUCUCAAAAAAAUAUUAUUGAGAAUGAGUCAGAAGUGGGUUACUUGAUUACAGAUUCAUCUGCUUUAUUGCUUAAGGAAAAUCCCUUGAGUGUGACACCCUUUUUGCAAGCCAUGCUUGAUCCAAUUAUGACAAAGCCAUGGUAUCAAUUACCAACAUGGUUCAAAAAUGAUGAUGUUACAUCAUUUAACACUACACAUGGAAUGACAUUUUGGGGUUAUGCUAAUAAUGACCCAAAACUUAACAAUCUUUUCAAUGAUGGGAUGGCAAGUGACGCUCGAUUGAUUGCUAGUGUGGUGAUUGAAAAAUGCAAAGGCGUGUUCAACAACUUGGCCUCACUGGUAGAUGUUGGUGGAGGCACAGGGACUAUGGCACAGACAUUUGCUAAAUCAUUCCCACAACUAGAGUGCACUGUAUUUGAUCUCCCUCAUGUUGUUGCUGGCUUGCAAGGGAGUCAGAACUUAAAUUAUGUUGGAGGGGACAUGUUUAAGUCAAUUCCUCCUGCUGAGGGCAUCUUAUUAAAGUGGAUAUUGCAUGACUGGAAUGAUGAGGAGUGUGUGAAAAUACUGAAAAAUUGCAAAGAGGCAAUCACAAGCGAAGGCGAAAAUCGAAAGGUGAUUAUCAUAGACAUCGUGAUGGGGAAUGAGAAGGGAGAUAGCAAUGAAUCAAUCGAAACACAGCUAUUAUUUGAUAUGCUUAUGAUGGCAUUGCUCACCGGAAAGGAGAGAAAUGAAAAAGAAUGGGCUAAACUGAUUUAUUCUGCUGGUUUCAGUGAUUACAAGAUAACUCCAGUGCUGGGUGUAAGAUCUCUUAUUGAGGUCUUUCCAUAACAAGGCUUCAUUCCAUAAAAUUAGCUAAAAGC